GCGCGGCGCCCGCGCGCAGGCCGCCGCAUGCCCUGGCCGCGGCGCAUGCGGGGGCGGGGGCACCGGCGCACCGCGCCCCGCGACGCCCAGCACCGGGCGGCAUGGCCGCGCCGCCGACGGCGCCCGGCCCCGCGCCGCCGUUCCUGGACGACGUGUGCCCGUCCACGGGCGCGGCCUGGCGGUUCUACCGCACCGAGGUCGAGCGGGCCGACCAGCUGACGAACGGGCGCGCGUGGAUCCAGGCUUUCGAGCACGUCCUGCAGAACAUGCCCCGGCCGCGGCGGCAGCUGGUGCCGUCCAUCAGCGACUCGGGCGACCCGCGCCACACGCUGCCGUCCUACGGCCCCAAACAGCGCAACGACGCUGCGAGGGCCAUGCGCGAUCCGGCCGCCACCCCCGGGCUGCCCGAGGCCGCGAGGACGGGCUUCGGCAGGCAGCUGCGGCUGCCGUCUGGCGACGAGGUCUUGGUCAUCGUGAACGUAGGCAGGAAGGCCCCGCUGCAGCUGCCGCGGAAGUUCCGUGACAUGUCGUUGGAGGAGCUCGAGCCCAGCAUCAUCGUCGCGGCCGCUCGGUGCCCGCACAUGGGCGCGUGCCUCAACGAGGGUGAGAUCAAGGACGUGGAGGACCUGGCGGGCGGCGGGCGGCGGGCCGUCGUCCGCUGCCCCUGGCACAACCAGCAGUUCGACCUCCACAGCGGCGAGGGCGAGGGCAACGCCAGCAGGCUGCCGCUCCACCACGCGCGCGUCCUGCACGGGGCGCUCUACGUCGGGGCCCCGCUUCCCCCCGGCGCCCGCGCGGAGCCCGCGCGCGCCCCGGGGGCCGCGGUCGCGGAGGCGAUGGACGUGGACGAGCCGAGCGCGGCGGAGAGCGGCGACGCCCUGGCGGGGCAGCGGGCGGCGAGCCCCGGGGCCGACCAGCCGCUCGCCUCCGCCGCGCGCCGCCAGAAGAGCCGCAGCCCGCGCCCGCCCGGCGGCAGGGUGCUGCGGCAGAUGAACACCAUCUGCUGAGCGCCCCGCCCGCCUGCCGCCGGGCCAGGGGACGCGCUCGGCGCCAGGCGGGCAGCCGGAGUCGAAGAGUGAGAGGCGACGACGGCAUUGCACGCAUUCGUUGGGGAGCCUCCCCGAGGGCACGGGCCAUCGGCGCCCCUGCAUACAUGUAUGAUCCUCCCCCCUGGGCUAGUCGCCCCCAUCGUCGCCCCCGAGA